CUCUAACCCUCUCAGCUGGCGCCAUCUUGUCAGCUUCAGCAUCUAACUUGUCGACAACUUUCUGACGGCAUAUGAAUCCAACUCAAAAGAUGGUAACAUAGAUUGCCAACAGACGUUUAAAAGGUUGUUAUUCUGGAUGAUUAAUUAAAAGUAAUCUUGCAAAUUGUAAAUAGUUGAGUCAGAAAAAAGUAUACAUUGACAUACAUGAUAAGAAUGUUACAAUAAAUAAUCCACAAAAAGGAAUUUGUAACUUUAAAAAGAUUGCUAUAGAUAUUCACACAAGAAAAAUGUCAUUGAAUAUAUAUGAUGUUACACAAUUCAAAAAUUGAUCUGCCUGUCAACAGCCAUUGAAGUAAAUGUCAUAGACAAACUAAGAGAACUUCUUUGGCAAGUCAUGGACAAAUAAUUCUGGGCAUUUUUUCAUUCCAUUUGUGAAAAGUUUUUAAAAGUUAAUGUAGUUUUUUUAGUUAACAAUUACCAUUGAUUUUGCCUUCAAUUUUAACCAGGCACUUGACAAUGAGCAUAUUUAAAAGCCAGUAAGUUUUAAAACCGGUGUUAGUUGAGCUGCCUUUAUCCAAUCUGAUAGUGAAGAAUCUAAAAGCUAGUUAAAAAUAAUUAACAAUUAUGGAAGAGUUAGUAUACAAGGCAAUAUGUGAUGAUCGACCUGCGCGACUAGAAUCCUUUCUACGGAACGGAGGGGAUCCAAAUACUUGGAUAGAGGAUUCUGCGAGGAUAAGCACAAAGUCAUUUCUGCACGUUUGCUGUGAAAAAGGCCGGAUUAGAUGUGUCAAGGUGUUACUGGAAAACGGGGCUCAGGUGGACAUUCAGGGGUCGUGGGGCCAGUCCCCACUCAUGCUGUGUAUCCUAGUAGAGUAUUUCGACAUUGCUGAACUUCUCAUAAACAACAAUCCUUCCAUAAUCAACCAGCAAGACUCCAGUGGCAAUACUUGCCUGCACAUUGCGAUUGGAAAUGAUAGUGUGGAGGGGGUGGAGCUACUCCUGCGUUACCAUGCUGACAUGAAUAUAAUGAACAUGAUUGGUAUAUCCCCUCUUAUGAAGAUCUGUACGAUGAAGGAGUCUAAGAAUAUGCACAAAAUUGUGGAACUUUUUAUACAAGCUGGGGUGGAUAUCGAUUUGAAGGACUUCAAGUCUAAUAGAACCGCUUUGCAGGGAGCAGUCUUGUCGAAGAACAUCUCCACAGUGGAGCUACUACUGAAUGCAGGGGCAGACCCUAACUCCCAGGACAGAAGCGGUCGUAAUGCCCUCAGUAAUCUCAUUAUGAGCAAUCUUCGGCUAUACGAACAAACGCAUAUCAUUGAUGACCACCUUAUGACCAUAAUUCAUCUGCUUGUUAUGUCGGGAACAGACCUCGACACUUGCAGGUAUGAGGGCUCUAGUCCACUAGUUAUGGCUAUCCAGUUUCGCUGUACACCAUUGGUCAACUAUCUACUGGUGAAUGGUGCAUCCAUCAACGGAAAAUACGUGACGGCGUGCGGUGACGGACAGUGCGUUAACGGAACUUCAUGUUGCCCGGGGGAACGCGAGUGUUGUGACCACGUGCAGCUAUGUUGCGGAGAGCACUGCUGUCAGACCGGAUAUGAGUGUUGCCAUGGCAGCCCUCGGUGCUGCGGCUCCGCAGAAAGUUGCUGUGGAGACGAGAUUUGCUGUCCAGAGAACACCCACUGUUGCCCGAACAUGAAGCACUGUUGUCCCCAUGGUUACACGUGUUGUGACGAAAGUGGCGGAUGUUGCCCAGAGCAUGCGCAGUGCUGCGGAAAAUACUGUUGCGCUGAGAACAUGUUGUGUUGUCCUAACGGAACUGGAUGCUACAGACCUGGUUACCACUGUUGUGGUGAGGGAUUGUCCUGCCCGGAAGGCCACCAAUGCUGUGGAGCCCUUUGCUGCGGCCCUGAAGCCCAGUGUUGUGACGGACAGUGCUGCUUGCCCGAAACCAGCUCAACAACAGACGUGUACAAACACAAAGACAAUUUUCCGGAAAAUGACGUAACUGUACGAUCAACCACGAAAAACACCGAAAGUCAUGGAUCGUCUCAACGCCCAAUCACAAAUCCUUUACAGCAGACCCGAACUUCAACGGAAACCACCGAUUGGAGUUACAUUGUUUUCCCCGUUGCGGCCAUUUUAAUUGUCAUUGUUCUUCUUGUCGCAUGUUUUGUUCUUGCGGGACGAUGCGGCUCUUAUUCCCCUUCCGGAACUAGUCACGGGAUUGUGGGAUAUGUCUGGAAAAUAAGGACGCUUUUGACCCGGACCGCUGAAAAAUAAGCAAUUUCCGAGCGUUAUUGUAGGCCUUCUCGUCUACUUCUUUUAUUAAUAGCACAUAUUUGUUAAUAUGCAUUGUAGGAUGGCUAUAUACAAGUAUAUCAAACGUUCGAGGUUUGGGGCCAUAAAACUUACAUUUUUCCUUAUUUGUUUUCGCUGUUUAUAAUAUAUGCAAUAUGUUAUGUUGCAUUUCAUUUUUCAUUCAUAGUAUAACCUUGUUAAUUUGCAUUGUAGGAUGGUUAUAUAUCACAGUCGGUCGACACUGGCACAUCCACUUUUCGAACUUCCGUGAAUAUUCAUAUACAAGGUCCAUAAAAUCCAAAUGUUGUAACCACAGUAUAUAUGUUUGGGGCCAUACAACUUACAUUUCUUCCCUAAUAUAUUUUCACUGUUUAUAAUAUAUGUAAAUACAUUAUAUAAUGUAGCAUUGUCUGUUUAUCUAUAGCAUUACCUUGGUGAUAUGCAUUGUAUGAUGAUUGAAUAUCACAGGGGCGUUUGACUCUGGCACAUCCACUUUUCGAAGGUAAGUGCAAACACAACGUUCGAGAUAGAGGAUGUGCCGAAGACGUCCCUCCGUGAAUAUUCAUCGACAAUGUCUAUGAAAUCCAAAUGUUAUACAGACGAUGUAUCAUUGGGAUCAUAAAACUUACAUUAUUUUUUUUAUUAUGCGUUUCCACUGUAAAUGUAUUUUGUAAAUAUUUAGCUGUAUAUAUUAAUUUGUCGUUUCUUACUGUAAAUAACAUUAAUAUCAACUCUGUACCAGUGUAGUACAAGUAAAAUACGUAUACAACAUUCACUGUUGUUCUCCCAGGGGCGUAUAACUUACAUAUUUGCCUGUUCUACUGUUUUGUUUAUUGUACAUACCAUGCGUUCACAUAUUUUGCUUAUGCUUAUUUUCUGUUCUGUUCUGUUCAUGUUCGCUAGUUUCGAAAGGAACUACACAUCUUAGGGUCGUUGAAAUCCAUUCCUGAUUCCUACAAGUUUCGUUACGUGUAUAGAGUAUUAUAGCCAAUUGUUUGUUUACAAUUUGUCUGCCACGAGGCAUUAUACCAAUGUAUCCGGCCUACAUAUGAUGAUUUAUAUUACGGCUUUUGUAAUCAUUAUUACAUUUAAUUCAGUAGUACCGACGAUUGCGGCGUUUGUCACCCAAAUAGCGUCAAAAAGAGCUUAUAUUAUAUUCUGUAGAUAGAAAGAACGUCUCAUCAAUUCUUCUGUUGUAUUUGUUAGGUUUUCCAGUAAUUAAGUUAAGACCUUUCUUCGAACAACAUGUGUUCUUUUUCAUGUUUACAAUUGCCGACGCUGAUCAUUAUUCCCAGGAUAGUUUGGUACGAAAAAUGUACAAAAUGGAAAUAGAUAUACCGAGAAAAUGUUUACUUUGAUUUGAGCCAACCACGGUUGUCGGAAUGGUCGAACAAUAGUAAAGCGCUAUAAUAUUGAACUUAGAACAGUCGCAAUGGUAUUGUUUUAUUAGAACACCACCCCUUACACCCACACUAUCGCGUUCUGAAUGCAUUUUUUUUAAAAAGCAGUAGACCAUUGGGGUUCAUAGUGAGAUCGUUUCGCAAAUACUGGUGAAGGAAAUGGAUACCUGGUGCGAAAUAUUUGGUCACUUAAUUAAUACUUCGUAACGAUACAAGGCGGCAGCAGACAGUAGACACCAGGACAUCUGUGAGAAACAGUUGGCUAUACCACUUUCAAAAUUCUUGUAUAUAAGUAUUAUUAUAUACUAGUAUAUAAUUUUAUUACUAAAUCCUAUGGUGUAUCAUCAUGUUAUAAAGUUGUACAUGUAUUACUAUUUCAUUUGUUUACAUAAUAUUGUUGCACCUUACUAUUAUACAUUAAUGCAACAGUCAAUUGUAACCACGGUCCCCAGGUCCGGAUGUAUAUCGGAGAUAGUGGGAGAAAUGGGCCGUGUUUUUUACCUGACAGGUGGCCACGCAGUGCCGAUUGAAUGCGGUGGUUUUGUUUUCGCGCCGAAAAAAGCGGGAAAUGGGCCUUACCUUUUAUGUCCCGGGGUGCGAGGGCAUUUGGAGGGGAUUUUACCAGCAGCUAGUUCCCGCAAGGCGGAGAUUUUACCUGGGAUCGGCUGGACCGAAAGUCAAAGUCAUGGGGUGUGUGUGUGUGUGUGUGCGUGCGUGCGUGUGUUGGGGGGGGGUGCGUUGCUACAAUUGACUGGUGCAUAAGAAUCACGCCCAAUGUUACUUUUAUUGUAUAUAUAGUAUAUGUUUGUUAGUUAUUACCAGUUUUUUUGUGUAUAAAUGUACAUUGCACUUAUACUGCAUAUUUAAGAAAUAGUCAAAAUAAAAUUAAAAAAAUAAAACGUCUUUGAACAAUUGUUAUGCUGUUAUAUAUAUUAAGCGCUUUGUUGAACCGUAAUUUUUCACACAUACGAAUAUGUCACACGUCCCAUGGGGUCAUAAACAUGUAAUGCUUUAACAUUAAACAUAUUGAUAUCUGUUUGACGCAAUUCUUGUCGGUUUUUAAUGCAUACACCAGCAUGUAUGCUUUAUUGACUAGGAUUUCUCGUUUCCAUCCGUCGCAGUUCAUGUUCGAGCAAUUUCUUGAUCAAGUAUAAACCAAUUUAAAACAACAACAACAACAACAAAUAACCACAAG